UAAAAAUGGCUGACCACACGAAUUCGUCGACCAAAAUUUUUGAUAUUGUGGUGUUUGGAGCCAGUGGAUUUACUGGCCAAUAUGUUGUUGAAUACCUUGCAAGAGUGUUUGAAGAGGAAGGAGGGUUAAAAUGGGCUGUUGCUGGUCGUAGCAAGAAGAAACUUGCUGCAGUUCUUGAGGAAGCUUCCAAGCAAACAGGAAAAGACCUGAGGAACAUGCCCAUCCUUGAGGCAGAUGUUUCCAACGAAUCCUCACUGAAUACCAUGUGUCAGCAAGCACAGCUUGUUCUGAACUGUGUUGGUCCGUAUGUUUUCUAUGGUGAGAAGGUGGUGAAAGCUUGCAUUGACAACAAGGCCCAUCAUGUUGAUAUCAGUGGGGAAUCACUGUUCCAUGAGAAAAUGGACCUUAAGUACCAUGAUAAAGCAGAAAAGGCUGGUGUCUAUGUAGUAGAAGCAUGUGGAUUUGACAGUGUUCCAGCUGAUAUUGGGGUUCUUUAUGCAAAGAAGCACUUUGAUGGUGAACUUAAUUCCAUAGAAAGCUUUGUUGGGCUUCAGGGUGGUGGCGGAAACUUUGGAACCUAUCACACGGUCGUUACGCUGCUCAAUCCAGAGAAGGGAGAAGAACUGAAGGAUGUCAGGCGAGAUCUUUUUAAAGAGAGAUUGCCAAAGCCAGAUUAUGCUCUGCCAGCAAGGACCCCUAUCUCCUACAGUACUGAAGCAAAUGGGAGGGUAUUGCCAUUCUUUCCACAAGACUGUGACAUUGUCCGCAGGUCGACGAGACAUAACUAUUUUGAGAAUAAAGAAAGACCUAUUCAAUACCGGUCAUACAUCCGUAUGCCUGGUAUUCUGGCAUGUCUUGUUGCCAUCAGUAUGGGAAUCACCCUCAAAGUGUUCUCCACAUUCCGACUUGGUCGACGCCUCUUGUUGAAGUAUCCGCGACUAUUCACACUUGGUGCUUUUAGCAAGAAUGGACCAGCACGCAAAGUGAUUGAGAAGUCGUCCUUCAUCCACACAAUGGUUGGCCGAGGCUGGGGAAAGAAGCUGCCUGUUGGUGAGAAGCAUCCCCAAGGGCCAGACAAGAAUAUUUCAUUCAGGAUGAUUGCACCAGAUGCUGGUUAUGCCUUCACCCCUCUUGCCAUGGUUGAAUCCGGACUGACCAUUUUGAAAGAAACAUCCAAACUGCCAAAAACUGGUGGUGUUUACACUCCUGCCGCAGCCUUUGCAAACACAAGCAUCAUUGAGAGACUUCAGAAGGGCGGAGUCAAAUUCCAGUUGUUGAACAAGCUGUGAGGAGAUAGUGUGUACUGAUUCCUUAUAAGGACAGAUACGUAGCAAAAGUUGGACUCUGAUGAGUGAGCGAAAUGAUCAGCGAUUGAUUACAAGGAUAUUGAUCAUGAAUUGAUUUUAGAAUUGAUUGUAAGACGUUGCAAACACAAAACCAUCAUACCCUGUUGACAGCAAGCACAACGUAGUCAAGGCCAAAGUUACGCCUGUAGGCCCAGCGACUUAAUUUUAUACAUCUGUACACCCAACUGUUAGGUACUGAGUGAUGUCAAUCAUUGUCGUCAGGCCAUUGGCGUCAGGCGAGGGUAAGGGGUCCAAUUGACAGUGGCAAUCUUCUCUUUGAAGCAAUGUAAACAACACAAAUGCUAGCAAAAGUCGUGAGCAAAAGCAAUUGUGCUGGAUUUGUUUGUGCCUUUGGGAGGGAUUGGAACGAUCUGCGGUGGGAAAAACGAGACACAAACCUCAAGUGUAUCUAUGUAAUUGUAUUAAUACUUCCCAAUCAAACUGAUAUAAAAAUUGUCAAAAGACAACAAGAUAUUUAAUCAUAUAAAAAAUAGUCUCAGAA